AUGCAGGGAGAUGCCCCAAACAGCUCGAACCCGUACGCCGGAUAUCAGCGUGGCUACCCGCCUCAGGAUGGCAUGCAAGGGUACCCGCCGCAGGCCGGCCGCGGCGGUGGCGCCGGCUACUACCAGCCGCAGGUGCAACAGCCGCAGCCAGUGGCUUCCCAGCAGCCUCAGCAGGUAACUGCGCAGCAGUACGGUGGCUACAACCAACCCUAUGCCCAACUGUACGCCGCGCGCGGGGGCUACCCGCAGCAGCAGUCUCAACAUCAAGCACCGCUGCAGCAGGGCUAUGCUCCUCGCGGUGAUUACUACCAGGGUGGUAACGCCUACGGUGGCGUCGGUAUGCAGCAGGGGUACCCCGACACUAGAACUCUGAUAAAUCGCGGCGGCUACGCGCAGGGCUACGGGCAGAGUUACUACCCGCCACAGCAGCAGCAGGGUUACUACCCGACUCAGCAGCAGCAGAGUUACUACAACCAGGGCUACAACCAGAACCCCAACUACGCACCGGCAGCGCGCGGUGGCUUCCAGGGCGGCGCACUGGGUGUUCAGCAACAUCAACAGCCGCAACAGCAGCCGCAACAACAGUCGCAACAACAGUCGCAACAACAGCCGCAACAACAGUCGCAACAACAGCCACAACAGCAUCCACAACAGCAGGCGCAUCUCCUAAACCAGCAAUACGGUCGCGGCGGCCGUGGCGGCCCAGGUGGGUUCCAGCGCGGUGGUCGGGGCGGUGGUCGGGGCCGUGGUGGACGUAUGUUCGAGUCGUACGCUGUCGUCCACCUCGACAGCUACGCGCAGCUGGAGGAGGUAGGCCGCAAGGGAGCAACAGAAACGAUCGUUGCGCCGGAGGUGCUCUCCGCGAUGCGUUCGCGUGGCCGUGGUAGCACGAUUCGUGUACUCGUCAUCAUCCAAAAACAGUACGCCGCUGCCUGUCUCUCUAUUCCACGCGGCCCGGAGGAUACUCUCCUCUCAGAAAAGACGGCCGAGACAUUCAUGGGGGUCCCAUGCGUAAUUGUCGGGCAUGCUGAGCGUCUCAUUGACUUGGCGAACGGCGCGGCCAUCCAGGGAGCUGUCUUCAGCACCUUCCGCUCCCUCAUGAUGCUCUUGACGACCUUCGACAAGCCAAAGACGACGCCAGCGGAGGGCGAGCAGCCAGUGAACGUGCAUGAGAAGACUCACGAUGAACUUCUCGAGACAGUCACGAAGGACAUCGCGACGUACGAAGCGCUGAUGACCGAGAUGGCGGCCGACUCAGAUGAGUCCACCAAGCUUUUCAGUCGUCUCAUGCAGUUUGAGGAGAGCGAGGCACAUGGGCAGCAGCAAGGCGAGGCCCACCAGGAGGACGACGCCGCUGAGGAGGGCCACAGCGAGAGCGAGGAGGGCGAUGAACAUAGGACUACCGUCACUGAGAAGCCCGCCGAGAGCGCCGCCAGCGCAAAAAAGCUGGCGAAGCGCACACUCAUGUCAUCGCCGCAGGGGAUCCGCAUCCUACGCACCGCCCUCGCCGUCAACAGGAAGCGACAGAUGUUCUUCGAGAAGAUUGCCCCACCGCCGCCUAACCCUGAGGGCAACCCGCUCAGCCGCAUCGAGUGGAGCGCCUCGCUACGCCUCAUCGACCCACUGUUGCACUACCCGCUUCUCUCAGACCUCGUCUUCAGCUUCUUUGGUGUUGCCCCGGUCGGUGCGGAGGGCGUGAAACCAGCGAAGGCGAAGGCGCAGGAGGUAAAGGUGCUGUGCGAUGCCAUCGCACGCUAUGGCGUGCAGCUGACUAGCUCUGCCAGCUGCGGUAACACCAUUCUAGCCCUGUUGCAGGCCAUGGACCCCCAACACGCCAUGGUCAGCGUAGCUGAGCGGGCCGCCGAGGAGUCCAACAGGAAGCCUGGCCUCAAGCGUGGCCGCGAGGCGGGGGAGGGUGGUGCAAAUGGCGACGACAGCGCGCAGAAGGCAAAGGCUGAGGAGGUUUCUGAGGAAGCGAAGGAGGUGACGUCUGAGGUGCCAGAGUUAAAGCAGGCCCCCAGAAGCCUCGCUGAGUACAAGGCUGUGACCGCACCGGUGGACUGGCGUCUCUACUACGCUGUCGCCGAGUCAUGGUGCACCGGCGAGCAGCCGGUGCUGCGUCGCAAGCGCACGCGCUUCGUCACGCAGGCGCAGCUGGACGCCGACGCUGCUGCUGCGGAGAAGCCGGCAACGAUCGAGACACGCCUGCGCUACGUUGGCCACCACCUCAUCGGUUCCUUUGUUCUGCGCUACAUGAUUCCUAUCUUUGCUGACGUCGUCCUCUCCGCGCUCAAAAACCCCGCUAGCCGCAAGAAGAAGGACCACGACGCGUUUGUGCAGCAGUGCGAGACGAUCCUGUCCACCAUGGCAGGCGCGUGGUCGACCAUGGAGGCCAGCUUCACGGAGGGAAAUAUUUACCGAAGCCUCUUGAUGUGCCUCGGCAGCUGUGCUGUGCCAGACACCCCCAUCGAUCGGGAUCUGCGCACGCUGCUUGACCGAAUCGUUGCCACCAUCUUCGAUUCUUCAAAGGAGAAGUACCUCUCACACUGUGUACAGGAGGCGCUCACAGUGGCUCGGCAGACAAAGGAUGGCAUCCGGUUCACACUCCAGGUUGCACGUGCGUUGAUGGAGAAGUCUGAUGAGUCACUUCUGAAUCUCGCCAUCAGCCCUUCCGGAAAUUACGUGGUACGCCACCUGUGCGGGCAGCUGACGGACUACGCCAUGGGCAAGGCGGCUGCCGAGUCGGAAGUCGUUACGGAGGCCAAGGAAAUGGAGGCAAAGUAUUACACCUUCAUGACCGCCAACUUGGCGAAGCUCAACAAAAUUCAGUACGGCAGGGGCCUCUCCAGCUGGCAGAGCGAGCAGACUGCCCGCCUCGGCGCCACUAACGCCCCAACUGCAUCGAGUCUACCGAGCUCUCCGAACGCUGAGUAA